UCCUCCUCGCGUUUUACCACACACCCCAACCAACGCACCAACAAACAAGAGAGGCUCUAUCCAGGAAUAACCACAAACCCGCUCCCAAACACUCUCCUUUUCGAUUGACAAAGACCAUGGCCGAGAUCAAGAGCCACGGACUCGUCUUCGCCGGCAAGAAGCGAGGCGACCGCGACGAUGACGUCGACGGAGUCGUGGCGGCGAAGAAGCCGGCGGCGUGGGAGGACCCGGCGGCGGCGUUGGCGAGCAUCCGGCACGAAUUCGGCGAGCACGGCGGAGUGAACAUGUCGAUAGAGGCAUCGGCCACUUUCACGGUGAUGGAGCCGGAGACGAUGCGGCGGAUGUUCACCGGAGAAAUCGGACCUGACAACGACUUUUACAUCUACAGCCGCCACUUCAACCCCACCGUCCUCGCUCUCAGUCGCCAGAUGGCCGCUCUCGAAGGCACCGAAGCCGCCUAUUGCACCGCAAGUGGGAUGUCGGCGAUAUCAUCGGUGAUGCUUCAGCUAUGCAGCAGCGGCGACCACGUGGUGGCGUCGACGACGCUGUACGGUGGAACCCACGCGCUCUUCACCCACUUCCUGCCGAGGUGCUGCAACAUAACCACCACCUUCGUCGACAUCACCGACCACGCCGCCGUCGCAGACGCCAUGGUCGGGGGCCGUACGAAGGUGCUGUACUUCGAGUCGAUGGCUAACCCCACGCUCACGGUGGCCGACAUACCCGGGCUGAGCCGGCUCGCCCACGAGAAGGGCGUCACCGUCGUCGUCGACAACACUUUCUCUCCGAUGGUGCUUUCUCCGGCGAAACUCGGCGCCGACGUCGUCGUGCACAGUAUCUCCAAGUUCAUCAGCGGUGGGGCCGACAUCAUCGCAGGGGCCGUGUGUGGGCCGGUGAAGCUGGUGAAGGCAUUGAUGGAUCUGCUCCAGGGGUCGCUGAUGCUACUGGGUCCCACUAUGAACGCCAAGGUGGCGUUUGAGCUGUCGGAGAGAAUCCCUCAUCUGGGCCUCCGUAUGAAGGAGCACUGCCGUAGGGCACAGGUAUAUGCGGAGAGGAUGGAGGGGAUGGGAAUAAAAGUGAUAUACCCGGGGCUGAAGAGCCACCCGCAGCACGAGCUUCUGAGAUCGAUGGCCAACAGAGAGUACGGGUUCGGAGGGCUGCUGAGCAUAGACAUGGGGACGGAGGAGAGGGCCAACAAGCUCAUGACUUAUCUCCAAAACGGCACGCAGUUCGGGCUCAUGGCGGUGAGCUUGGGUUACAGCGAGACACUGAUGUCGUGCUCGGGCAGCAGCACGAGCAGCGAGCUGAACGCGGAGGAGAAGGAGAAGGCGGGCAUCUCCCCUGGCCUGGUCAGGAUGUCCGUCGGCUACUUGGGCACUCUGGAGCAGAAAUGGUCUCUCUUCGAGCGUGCUUUCUCUAGACUGCAUGCGUGACUGAUCAUCAUCCCUUUCCUUCUUUCCAUAUGUUUAUAUAUAUAUAUAUGUCAUGCACUCUUUACGUUUCCCGUUAAGAAAACGUCUUAUUUGCUUUCAUUCUUCACACGCCAUUACUUGCACACUAUUAAAACAAUCUUUCUACUGGAGAGAUAUCAAUACAAAUACAAAUAGGGCUUUUACAGCA